CUGGUAGGGCCGUGGGUUUGCUGGCGUGUGACCCGCGGGUGCGACAGGAGCGAAAGUUCUCUGCUGCCAGAAAACGGUGGCUUGGCGUGGGUGGAGGGGACAGUGACCUUUUUGCUGUUUGAUUUUUAUUUUAUUUUAAUUUUUCUUGGACUCCCCGGUCUCCGUCGUUUCUUUGGCUCUUCCCCUCCCCCCAUCCAGAGUGCUCGCCGGGGCAUUCCUCCUGGUCCCGCUCGCCCAGCCUUCCCUUCUGGAAACAUUCCUGAGGCCUUCGCCAUUUCCUGCUACUUGCCUCCUCCUCCCUGCUGGCCCGGCUGCCGCGAGCAGCUUCUCCCCCGCACCCAGGCACCCCGACUCCCAGUCCCCUUUCCUAUGCAGAUUUAAAGCGCCCGACUUCCGAACGCCCACACCUGUUGACUGGUCCGUGCCGGCUCCCGCAGGCCGAGGACGUCCUGCCCUGCGUGCUGGGCAUGCGAGGCCAGGGCAGAACCCCUUCUUCCAUCUCUCGGGGCCUGAGCGCUGAAGGCCUGAGGAAAUGGAGUGACUGAGACCAGGGGAGAGUUAGCUGUGUAUCUAACACCAUUUAAGUGUUAGUGUUACCAGUCGUUGUAGUCUGCAUCUUUGUAUCUUCUGCAGUUUAAGAGGAGGUAAUCCCCAGAUGAGCCAGGGGGUCUUGUGUAUCUUCAACUAAUUGUUUGGUUCCUCCAUGGCCCCUCCAGCGGAGCUGUGUCUGGGAGCCGGGUGUGGAGGGGAUGCUGUUCCCCGUGUCCAGCCCCAGCCUCCCUGGCACAGCCUUGUCUGCUGCUCCCUCUGUCCCUUCCUGGCCUGCAGCCCCCACUUCUCCUGGAGAACACUUUCACUUUUCCGCCUCCUCCAGCCAGACUCUGCCCCUGGUGUUGGGGGGCAUUGUGCUCCGUGGUGGACAUAGGCGACUUCCCCUGUCCCCACUCCAGGAGGAGGAGCGCAAACCAGCCAGCCGCCCCUGCCAGCUUGCUUUGCUGACUAGGCCUGUGGAAGGGGCCACAGAGAAGUGCUUGCCUGGGGGCUGCUGCUCCUUGGCCUGGUGGGUGCUGUGGGAGGGCUCCAUCAGCCUGUCCUCUGCCCCAGCUUUGCCCGGGUGCACCGCCCAGGUUGGACUUUGUUCUCACUUCUCCAGCUCUGCUCUUCCUCUCGGCCCCUCUCUGGUCCGCUGGGACCUCUUCCAUCCUUUCCCAUUUUCCCAACCUCCUGCCCACAGCUGUAGUAGCAGAGGGUGCUAAUGGCCCAGACUCCCUGGGGCCAAUCCCCCCCCCCCCACCGUGCGGUAGUGUGUUGGGGGGGUGGCCUGGAGGAGGGGGCGUUUGAGUGUUCCACCAGGACAGGAAGGGAAGUGCUGAGCUCAGGGGUCCCCUCCCUUUUCCACCUCCAGCUCCCUGUUUCCUCUCUCACUCCCCCUACCCUCCUGCAGCUUCCUGCUCCCUCUGGCCUGCCGGCGUCCUGUGUGGAUUGAUCCAGACCUCCUCUUCUUUCCCUCCUUUCUUUCUCUUUCCCACAUCCUUCCCUCCCACCCCUACUUUCCUCCUCCCCAGAUUACUGGUGGUUUGUCUGGGGGCAGCGGCGGGGCGGGGUGGGGGUUGCGUGGAGGGAGCUCCAUCCCAGCCCGAGUUUGGGGCUGUGGCUGUGCUGGGGGCUUAGCCCCGUCCAGCCUGUGAGUCAGCACUGUCCCCGGGAUUGGUCUCCGGCCUUAGCGCUCCGCCCCUGGGGAGGAGCAAGGCAGCUCCGGGUCCAGCCUGUUCUGUCUGCAGCUGGAGAAGAGGCUCCACGCUGGGCGGGGAUGGGGCCGGAAACUCUCUGGGUCUGAGCCGGGGGGCGCUGGCGCCACUUGUCCCUCUCCCUCUCCAGGAUCCUUGAGAUCCCUGGGCCCUAGAGGUCCGGUCAGACUAAGGGCCUGGGGAUGCCCCCUGCCUGGCCCCCUUGCCUGGACUGGCAGGGGGGCCGGGCUGGGCAGCAGCCUCCCUCCAGCAGCAGCCAUGGAUCUCCUGCCCCCCAAGUCCAAGUACAACCCACUCCGGAACGAGUCUCUGUCAUCGCUGGAGGAGGGGGCUUCAGGGCCUUCCCCACUGGAGGAGCCGCCUUCCCCAUCAGCCUCGUCUCUGGGGCCCACCCUGCCACCUCUGCCCGGGGAUGACAGUCCCACUACCCUGUGCUCCUUCUUCCCCCGGAUGAGCAACCUGAAGCUGGCCAACCCAGCCGGGGGGCGCCCGGGGCCAAAGGGGGAGCCAGGAAGGGCAGCUGAGGAUGGGGAGGGGCCCGGAGGGGUGGCCGCGCCGGACUCAGGCCCCCCGCCCCUCCUCCAGGACAUGAACAAGCUGAGUGGCGGCGGCGGGCGCAGGACUCGGGUGGAAGGCGGCCAGCUGGGGGGCGAGGAGUGGACGCGCCACGGGAGCUUUGUCAAUAAGCCCACACGGGGCUGGCUGCAUCCCAACGACAAAGUCAUGGGACCCGGGGUUUCCUACCUGGUUCGGUACAUGGGCUGCGUGGAGGUUCUGCAGUCAAUGCGCGCCUUGGACUUCAACACCCGCACCCAGGUCACCAGGGAGGCCAUCAGCCUGGUGUGUGAUGCUGUGCCCGGUGCCAAGGGGGCGACGAGGAGGAGAAAGCCCUGUAGCCGCCCGCUCAGUUCCAUCCUGGGGAGGAGUAACCUGAAGUUUGCCGGGAUGCCGAUCACGCUCACCGUCUCCACCAGCAGCCUCAACCUCAUGGCCGCAGACUGCAAACAGAUCAUCGCCAACCACCACAUGCAGUCUAUCUCGUUUGCGUCCGGUGGAGACCCGGACACAGCUGAGUACGUCGCCUAUGUUGCCAAAGACCCGGUGAAUCAGAGAGCCUGCCACAUCCUGGAGUGUCCCGAGGGGCUGGCUCAGGACGUCAUCAGCACCAUCGGGCAGGCCUUCGAGUUGCGCUUCAAACAGUACCUCAGGAACCCGCCCAAGCUGGUCACCCCUCAUGACAGGAUGGCCGGUUUUGAUGGCUCGGCUUGGGAUGAGGAAGAGGAAGAGCCACCUGGCCACCAGUACUAUAAUGACUUCCCGGGAAAGGAACCCCCUCUUGGGGGAGUGGUGGACAUGAGGCUUCGGGAAGGAGCCCCCGGGGCAGUUCGACCCCCCCCACCUGUUGGCCAGACCUCCAGCCACCUGGGAGCAACGCUGCCGGUGGGGCAGCCUGUGGCGGCAGACCCGGAAACCCGCAAACAGAUGCCACCUCCACCACCCUGCCCAGCAGGGAAAGAGCUCUUUGAUGAUCCUUCUUACGUCAACGUACAGAACCUGGACAAGGCCCGGCAGGCAGGGGGUGGGGCUGGGCCUCCCAGUGCCGCGGUCAAUGGCAGCACGCCCCGAGACCUCUUUGACAUGAAGCCCUUCGAAGAUGCCCUUCGGGUGCCUCCGCCCCCCCAGGCGGUGGCCAUGGCUGAGCAGCUCCGAGGGGAGGCCUGGUUCCACGGGAAGCUGAGCCGGCGGGAGGCCGAGGCGCUGCUGCAGCUGCACGGGGACUUCCUGGUGCGGGAGAGCGCGAGCAGUCCGGGCCAGUACGUGCUCACCGGCCUGCAGAGCGGGCAGCCCAAGCACCUGCUGCUGGUGGACCCAGAGGGCGUGGUUCGGACAAAGGACCACCGCUUUGAGAGUGUCAGUCACCUCAUCAGCUACCACGUGGACAAUCACUUGCCCAUCAUCUCUGCGGGCAGUGAACUGUGUCUCCAGCAGCCCGUGGAGCGGAAGCUGUGACCAUCGCAGUGCUUUCUCCCCGAAGGGGCCCUCCCACCCCUUCUCCCCUACUCCUUGAUUCUCAGGACCUCCUGUGGGAGCAUUCCGUGGGCUUGGCCUUGUGCUGGAGCUGGGGAUAGUGUGGACAUGGCUCAGCACUCACUGAAUGAGAGGGUUUGUCAGAAGCUGGGGGUAGAAUCCUGUUUCUUCCAGAACCUUACCAAAGUAUUACUGAACAGAGUGGCUCCCUUCCCUGGGCCUUUCCUGUGCCAAUCUGAUACCCCCUUUCCCAAGAAGGUGGGUGCUUGAGGCGUGGGCAGUGUGUCUCCUUGAAGUGAGAAAGGCUUUAAUGGGGGCAGUCACCUUUCCAAGGAAGGGGAAUGAAUCACACCUUUGGUCUACCCCUGGGCUCAGGGUACCCCAGACCCCUUUCAACAACCCUCCCUCCCAGUGGUUAAACUUUGUGCCUUUGACCAUCUCCUAGGUCUGAAGAUAUUUUAUGCAAAGAGUUCUUGAGCCCCUGAGGUCGAGGGUGGGGGUACUGACAUCUUUUUGGCUCUGGGACCCCCCUCCAGUUGAGGUUGGGAGAACAGAGGCAGGAAUGUUAGCUGUCCCUUCUGCCCGGGGACAGGCAACCCUUAGAUAUUGCCUCAGAGCCCCCUUCCUGGCCAGCGGGGAGAUGGACCCCUCCCUUGCUCAGUGCCUCCUGGCCAGGGGGCACCCCUCACCCAAGGGGUCUGUACAUACAUUUCGUAAGUCUGUGUCGUUGGUCCCCCCUCCCCCAUGUUGCAUGCAUGUUACACUCUACAGCCAAAGCAUAGCCCUGGGUCCUACAACCCUCCUCUCUUCGGGGUGGGGGGAGGUGUUGGUGGGGCGGUGGCAGGGACUGGAUUCAGCCCUCCUGACCUGGUAUCUUUCCCAGGGGCAUCUGUGGAGGCAGGAACGGGGCCGUUGAGAAGAAAGCAGUGGACAAUCCCCAAAUACCAUCUGUAGACUUGGGAAGGGAUUUAUUUUUAUUUUUUAUGCAUAUAUUUUAGGGCUGUAGAUUUAUUUUCCUCAUGUGUUUUCCGUGGCAAAUGACAAUAAUCAAUUACGUGUACACGUCACCUCUGACUUUUCAAAGCCUUUUACAAUGAUCGGCAUUUUCCCCCUCCCGCCCGGCCUGGGCGGCGGCUGGGCCCCCAGCAUCUCCUUUCCGGCAGAGACGCAGGGCUCCAGGAGGGGUCCCGAGCCAGGACGUCAGCGAGGCGGGGAGGCCCCACGGGUGCGAGCCGCUUCACUCGUGCAGCGGCGGGGCCUGGCCGCCUCGCCGGCCCUUCGCGGAGCGCCCGGAGCGCGUCCAGCCGCUGCGAGUCUGGGUCUCCGCGGUCUCUGUCCCGGCCUUUCCGUGUCGUUCGCGCGUCUCCACGGGUCGCGAUGAUACCAAAGGGAAAUCGUCUUCAUUAAAGUCCCUAUUUCUUGUA